CCCAGCCGCAGCUGUCAGUCGCAACCCCCUGCCCUUUUUUCCCCCUCAUUCUAAACUCAAAAUGCUGUGAAGGAAAUGCAACUGCGUGUCCCGUUGAGGUUCAAAUCCCAUGGGCGUUCAAUAUGGCGAAAUCCCCGCAGUCCGCCGCGUCGCGACGCAGGAAGCGUGAUUCCACCACGCAGUCGGUGGAUUUUUUGAACACAGUGAUGCACAAGGCUUUGCCCUCCAAAUCCAACAUCAACUCUCCAGAUACCCCGACACGCCGUACACGCCGCACCACUCUAGCGGAAAUCCGACCGUCUCGCGAGGACCUGUGGGAGAUUCCGCGAUCUCCUGAAUUGGCCCCAGCGUCGGAGCCCCGACGCCGACCCUCGACGAAACUCACCACCGUCCAGACAUCGUGGAAAUCUCGACUGCGAGGCACUUCAGAGGAUGAAUCUGGCAGAGAGGUGAUUACACCCGGGAGCGAGGGGCUACACAAUGGUGGGGCUGCGAAUAGCAACAGCGGGGGAGGAGGUGAGGGCGCUUACGACUAUGCUGAGGAUGAUGAAGAUGCGGAGGUUCUUGCCAACGUUGGAGACGAGGAAGCCUAUGGGUCUGAGGAUGACACCGAGAUGAUUGAUGUCCAAGAGGAGGGGUCCUUGGAAGACGAUCCACCUCAGUUGAAUCUUUUCUCCGAUAAUGAUCAAGAGCUUACACCUGCACAGCAUACAUCCAGUUCGUCUUCCGUGGCCGAUGACGAUGAGUCGCAGCUACAACCAGUGAAAAGACUGGCGAAGCCGAGCAGUGCCCGCUCGCAUCUAGCCGAAGCCAUGGAUGACUCUGGGGACGAACAAGAGAAUGGCCCCGAAGCAUCGGGCAGCAGCCAACGACGAUCCACAAGGCCAUUUUCUCAGGCUGGAAGCGAUAAUGAAGAAGAAGUGGAAAGUUCGCCAGAUGAAGCAUCGGGUGACGACGACUCAGAUUCUACGGGCCAGACUUCAACAGCUGCGGAGGAUCGUACCGAGCGGCGAGGAAAGGCCUCAAUCCCAGUGGAAAAAGGCCUUAGUCUCAAGCCUAUCGGUGAAAAAGAGCGAAGGAGAACACGAGGAACAGCAGCAGCACCUCCCAGCUCCUCGCGAAGCCGUGCUGUCGGAGUAUCAGCCCCAAGUCGAAAAGAGCCACCCCCGGGACGAUCAACCAGGUCGGUGACUACAAGAAACCAAGGUGGAGCAGAUCCAUCGCACCAUUUACGGACUCGCAAUCAACCUCGAAAAAUCCAAGACACGCCUGAUGAAGCCCGUGAAGCCUCCGCAGACGAUGCGAACCACCCCACUGGUUCAAACGACGACCGCGAUAACUCGGGCGAUUCGGGCGUGCAUUCUACUGAGGCCGAACCGUCCCCGAUUGCAACCCCAAGGAAACGAAGACGGACCGCUGUCCGAGCCCCAAGCGUGCAAGCACCGCCGUCCCGCCAAGAGGCAGAUGUAGCGCAGCCGACUCCUGGAUCACCACAUUCUGGAAGCACCGACUCUCAAGUGGAUCCACAUUCGCAGAGUGGAUCGGAUGAAGAUGGCGAUUCCAGCCAGAGCUCGGACAAUGAAUCGGACUCCUCAGCGGACAGUCCGUGGUUCGGGAAAGCGUCCGAGGAGGAUGGCCAAAAGAAAAGUUGGAAGGCUGUUAUCAGGCACGGUCGGAGAUCCACUCGAUUGAAUGAGUCGUACAGAACUACUGAGCUCGACUCGAUCCGAAAACCGAUCUGGUCGAUGAUCGCGCUUUACAACAACCUCGUAGAACGCUCCGAGGCUGGCGAAGGGCCUUCGGACAAUGAAGUCGCCCGUUGCGGUCGACUGCUGAGGAAGGCCAACGAGAAGCACGAGAAGCUGCUCCACAAGGUCUUCAACUUGGGCAAGGAAGGAAGUACCCGGGCCGACAAGAAGCAGGGGGUGGCCCUGGUGCAGGCCUUCUACAAGGAGAUCAUUCCGCCUAUGGCGAAGGUUGUGUUCCUCUGCUACGAGAUCUACCAUGCCCACGAGAAUCUCUUCAGUGAGGCUUAUGGCAACCUUUGUGACCAUCUGACUACGCUGUCCGAGUGGAUUCAGUGGGUAGACUCGAUCUCUGGCUAUCUGGAUCAACCGAGCUGCGUUGAGUCGGAUCUUCGUCGCGCCCUAGGAGAGCUCGUCCAGGCCUUGAAUUAUGGCCGACUGAAGAAGGCGCAACGACCGAAGCCCCCCGAGAAACAGAAAGGGCCGCCACGGGGGAACCCGAACCCAUGGACGCCGGAUGAAGAGGAUGCUCUUCGCCAGGGAUUGCAGAAACAUCCCGAGAAAUCGACCAACCGUUAUAAGUUGAUCAUGGGGGAUUUUCGGCGGCGGCUUCCGAAGCGCGGCAUCAUCGACCUCCGCAAGAAAGCUCGAGAGAUGUAUGAACAGUACAUGUCGGAGAUAGAAGAGGAGUUGACGACGGAGGAGGGCCGGAAGAAAUGGGAGUGGGUGACCAACAUCCCCGGGUCGCGUUGAUAGUAAAUUUAAGCAUUGUUGCUGUUGGUGGUGGUGUUGACUUCCUCCCAACCACGGGGCAUGGAUGGAGGACGGCGGGUGGUCGUAACCAUGGAUCGAUCCAUGGAUCCCAUUGUUGUGGAUAGGCGGGGAACGGGAGAAAGGGGAAAGGAGAAAGGGGAUAAAUCCACAACGAGAGAUUCAAUGCACUGUAAAUAUGUAAAUAUAGUCGGG